CUUCUCCAAUCUCUCUCCACCUUCGCCAUUCUCCUCGAGCUGCCGUGUGCCCCCCCCCCCCCCCCCCCCCUCUCUCCCCCCUGCGCCCCCGCCAUGGCUCAGCACGGCUUCCUCUCCUCCCUCCGCUCCCACCUCCGAUCCCCGCCGCCGCCGACCCACAUCCAGCCCCGCCGCGGGUACCACGUCGAGCUCGGCGCACGCGAAAAAGCGCUUUUAGAGGAAGAUGUUGCUUUGAAGAGGUUCAAAUCAUACAAGAACAGUGUGAAACGGGUCUCGAAAAUCGGGAAUGUUCUCACUCUCGUUGUCUUUGCUGCCUGCAGCUAUGAGAUCGUUGCACUGGCAACAAGCACCCAAUGAAGGAAAGCGCAGUCGGUGUGAGCCCCUUAGAUCUGCCAGAAAGUGAUUCAUCUCAUAAACUGGCAUUUUACCAGCACUCUUUUGAGCCUCCUGUCGAUCUUAUGUCAUGUAAAAUAAAGCAAACUAGGUUGACCUUAUUUGGGAGUCGCUUUCUAUUUUCAAUGCCUACUUGUUGCACAAAUGGAAGGUUUCAUUUCUUCGAGGAGUUUCAAUAAAUUGUCGACCUCGGAUC